AUGUCUCACACCACCCCCGACCCCGAAAAGCCAAAAUCCUCCACAGAAACCCAGCACCAUGCAUCAUCCACGGAAAACCUGCAAAUCGAAACCAUCGACGCCCGCGCCGAGCGCAAGCUCCUCCUCAAACUAGACGCCUUCUUCGUCCCCAUCAUCAUGGUCGUCUACCUCACCUGCUUCCUGGACCGCACCAACAUCGGCAACGUCAAGGUCGCAGGCAUGCCCGAAGACAUCGGCGCGUCACCGCAGCAGUUCUCCACAGCCGUGUCCAUCUUCUACGCGACGUACGUGGCCUUCGAGCCGCCCUGGACCGUCAUGAUGAAGUGGAUGACGCCGCGGAUCCUGCUGACCUCUCUGUGCGUGGUGUGGUCCCUCGCCACCAUCUUCUCCGGCUUCAUCACCAAUGUGGCGGGUCUGUAUGCCGUGCGCUUGAUCCUGGGUGCCUGUGAGGCGGGCCUGUUCCCUGCGCUGAACUUGUAUCUUACCAUGGUGUAUAAGCGGGAUGAGCAGGCCGCGCGGGUGUCCUACCUGUUUGUGUGUACGGCUAUUGCGGGCGCAUUCGGCGGCUUGUUGGCGUAUAGUAUUCUCAAGAUGGACGGGGUGGCUGGCUACGCUGGCUGGCGGUGGGUGUACAUCAUCGAGGGGAUAUUUUCGGUCAUCGUCGCGCCCAUAAUUUGGUUUGGCCUGCCGAAUGAUCCGUCGAAUGCGUAUUUCCUCAACGACGAGGAGAAGCGGAUGAUGAGGGUGCGCGCUGUACAGAGGGCACAGUACAUGGGCAGCGAGGAGUUCAGCUGGGAGGAGAUCCGGAUAGGCCUGCAGGAUCCGAAGCUGUAUCUCAGCGCGGCGAUCCAGUUCUGCCAGGACAUUCUGCUGUACGGGUUCAGCACGUUUCUGCCGUCCAUCAUCGUUAGUAUGGGGUACACGGUCAUUCAGGCGCAGUACCUCAGUAUACCGGUGUACAUCUUCGGCGGGAUAUGUUUCCUGGCCGUGGCCUUUGUUUCAGACAGGUACUGCGUGCGCGGUCCGUUUGUUCUGCUAGCAAAUGUCCCUGGCAUAAUAGGGUAUAUCCUCAUUCUGUGUCCGACAAGCAACCCCGUCAAGUUCCUCGGCACGUUUCUCUGCGCCGUGGCCGUGUAUAAUGGCCCCGGUCUGAAUCUGACGUGGCUGAAUGUUAAUGUCGCGCCGCAUUAUCGUCGCGCCACCGCUAUUGGCAUGCAGUUGAGCAUAGGCAACUCGGCGGGCAUUGUGGCCGGACAGAUUUACCGCUCGGCGCCGUAUGUCCUGGGGAAUAGCUUCUCUGUUGGUGCGCUCGGCGUCUCGCAGCUGGUUAUUGUGCUCAAGUGGUUCUACUUGAGGCAGUGUAAUGAGGAGAAGAGGAAGAUUGAGAAUGGCGAGAAGGACGAUACCAGAAAGGUCAAGACUGGUGAUCGGGAGCUGGACUUUAAGUAUCACCUGUAG